AUGACCGUCGGUGACUUUCCUCUCGAGAACAAGAUUGUUGUAGUGACUGGAGGGGGUUCAGGAAUUGGUUUCAACUUUUCAGAGAUUGCUUUUUCGAAAGGAAAUCGUGUGAUUAUUGCUGAUCUGCGCCUUACUCCCGCCGCAGAAAAGUUUGUUAAGGAGAAUGAAGCUACAAAACGCGUAAUUUUUGUUGAGUGUGAUGUGAGCAAAUGGAAAGACCUGGAGAACCUUGUUACUGUGUCUCUGCGGGAGUUUGAAGACGUCCCUGAUGCCUAUGUCGCCGCUGCGGGUUUGUUCGAGACAUCAAAAUACUCAUUCUUCGAAGACAACGAGGAAGAUCACUAUCAUCUCAUGGACGUGAAUGCUUCCCAUCCUAUCAAGCUCACCCGCAUUGGCAUGAAGGCUUCUGUUCCACGCAACAAGAAGAUGGUAAUAUGCAUCGUCGCAUCUAUGGCUGGGCUGUAUCCUCUUUAUCCCAGUCCGGUCUACAAUGCCUCAAAGCACGCCGUCGUCGGAUUUAUCAAAUGCAUGAAACCGGCCGAUGUGGAGGAGAAUGUCAAGAUAGUUGGGGUCUGCCCAGGCCUAGUAGCCACUCCUCUUUGGACAGAAGACCUGAAGCCUAUCUGGUCUUAUGACCAGUCUCAAGCUUUGACAGGGUUGGAAGUUGCCGAAGCUGUGACUGAGUUGAUUGAGGAAGGGAAAUACGAAGGGGGCACAGUCAUGACCUACACACCUUAUGCAGGCAAGGCUAUUGAACAAUUCGUCGACAUCGAAGCCUUGUUUGCUCCACUGAAAGAGGCAAGCUAUGCGCCAGUUAGAAAGGUCUUAAAGGAAGAGCGGGAGGGCGGUGUGAAGAACUGA